AAACACAAGAGCCUUGAGAUGUUGUUCAUGAAUUAUACACAAUCUGAAUAUGUAUUGCGAUUACAAUUGAACUGCCGUAUUAUGGUCAUUCAGAAUUACUCAGAAUCAGUUGUCAAUGGAUCAUCAGGGGUGUUCAUUGGGUGGUUGACCAAGAUCCAAUCACAGAAGGAAAAAGGGGAUCCUGUGAUAAGAGUAAAAAGAGAAUGCAAAUAUCGUAAUCUUGAUAUCGAUAACAGAGAAAGGUAUUUUGACCACGACAUGAUUAUUCGACUUGACGAUACCGAGGAAGAAGUUAUGAUCGGUAUCUGUGAAAUGACCAAAGAGGAUGAUAAUGAGAAGAAAUACAUACGAAAACAAUUUCCAGUGAUACUAUUUUACGCAAUGAUGGUACAUAAAUCCCAAAGCACUACUUUAAAACGAGCGGUAGUUGAUCUACGAGAUUGUAGCCAGAAACUCGCAUAUACCGCAAUUUCACGGGUCAGUACACAUGAUUCAUUAGGAGUAUUAAAUUUAACACAAACUGUCUAUGAUCGCUUAACGAGAACAACAAAAGAAGAUCAG